AUGAUAAUUCGCGAUGACGUUGGUGAUGGGGUCAGAGUAAAUUUCAAGAACCAACUCGCAGCCUUUCGAUUGCAACUGAGCGUUGCCCCACCCAGGGUGCUGCUUCGGACGCCGGAAGCCAAAACCAUGGACACUGCAAUAGCAAUUGCCAUAGAGAUGCGUUUCACUGCGAAGAAGGUGAACAUUGGGUUCCGAACAGAAAGGAGGAAGCCCUCUCUAAGGGGACAGAAAAUUAUUCCCGAAGAAAAAGCAAUGGUUGUGAAAGUGUAG